UUGCAGGCCUGUGCUAGAGAUAAGGAUACAUUUCAGUGCAUUAAAAACGAAGCCACUGAAGACAGGGUUAAGCACGGCCAAGAAGUUGUAGAGAAGAAAAAUUUCAGAAAAAUUGCCUCAGUUUGAACAGGAUAUUGGUGAACCAAGAAAAUUUGAAGCACCUUCCCUAAAGGAAACCUGGGUACACAGUAACUUCACAGACUUGGCUAAGGGAUUUUCACCUGGCUUGUCACUGGAUUCUCCUGCCGGAUCCUUGAACCCGUUUGGAGGUUUUCUCAUGUGGAUCUAAGGGGAACGCUUUAUUAUGGCUGCUGUUGUCCAACAGAACGACCUGGUAUUUGAAUUUGCUAGUAACGUCAUGGAGGAUGAACAACAGCUUGGCGACCCCGCUGUUUUUCCUGCUGUAAUCGUGGAACAUGUCCCUGGUGCUGACAUUCUCAACAGUUAUGCGGGUCUAGCCUGUGUGGAAGAGCCCAACGACAUGAUUACCGAGAGCUCCCUGGAUGUCGCUGAGGAGGAAAUCGUAGAUGACGAUGACGACAUCACCCUCACAGUUGAAGCUUCCUGUCAUAACGGGGAUGAAACAAUUGAAACAAUCGAGGCUGCUGAAGCUCUCCUCAAUAUGGAUUCCCCUGACCCUAUGCUGGAUGAAAAACGAAUAAAUAAUAGCAUUUUUAGUUCAUCUGAAGAUGACAUUGUUGUUGCCCCAAUCACCCAUGUAUCCGUCACAUUAGAUGGGAUUCCUGAAGUGAUGGAAACCCAGCAGGUUCAAGAGACGUAUGCACACUCACCGGGAGCCUCCUCACCAGAGCAACCUAAGAGAAAGAAAGGGAGAAAAACUAAACCACCACGACCAGAUUCCCCAGCCACUACACCAAACAUAUCUGUGAAGAAGAGAAACAAAGACGGGAAGGGAAACACAAUUUAUCUUUGGGAAUUUUUAUUGGCGCUGCUGCAAGACAAAGCUACUUGUCCUAAAUAUAUCAAAUGGACCCAGCGAGAAAAAGGCAUUUUUAAAUUGGUAGAUUCUAAAGCAGUGUCCAGGUUGUGGGGGAAACACAAAAACAAACCUGAUAUGAAUUAUGAAACCAUGGGGAGAGCUCUCAGGUAUUAUUACCAAAGAGGUAUUUUGGCAAAAGUGGAAGGUCAGCGCUUGGUGUAUCAGUUUAAGGAAAUGCCAAAAGAUCUCAUUUAUAUAGAUGAUGAGGACCCAAGUUCCAGCAUAGAGCCUUCAGAUCCAUCACUGUCAUCUUCAACAACCACUUCAAGCAGGAACCAAGCAAGCCGAUCGAGAGUGUCUUCAAGUUCAGGGAUAAAAGGAGGGGCCACUACAGUUCUAAAAGCAGGGAAUUCUAAAGCUACAAAAACCAAAGAUCCCGUGGAAGCUGCACAGCCAUCAGAGGUUCUGAGGACGGUGCAGCCCACACAGUCUCCAUAUCCCACCCAGCUCUUCCGGACUGUACAUGUGGUUCAGCCAGUGCAAGCUGUCCCAGAAGGAGAAGCCGCCGUGAUCAGCUGCGUGCAGGACGAAACGUUAAAUUCCUCGGUUCAGAGUAUUAGGACUAUACAGGCUCCAACCCAGGUUCCAGUGGUCGUGUCUCCUGGGAAUCAGCAUUUGCACACAGUAACACUCCAGACAGUGCCAAUCACAACAGUUAUAGCCAGCACAGAUCCAUCGUCAGGUGCUGGGUCUCAGAAAUUUAUUUUACAAGCCAUUCCAUCAUCACAGCCCAUGACAGUACUGAAAGAGAAUGUCAUGUUGCAGUCUCAGAAGCCGGGCUCCCCUCCUUCGAUCGUCUUGAGCUCUGCCCAGGUACAGCAGGUUCUUACUAGCAACGUGCAGUCCCUUUGCAAUGGAACCGUCAGUGUGGCUUCAUCUCCAUCCUUCAGUGCUACGACCCCUGUGGUGACCUUUUCUCCUCGCAGUUCACAGCUGGUUGCCCACCCACCUGGCACUGUAAUCACUUCAGUUAUCAAAGCUCAAGAAGCAAAAACUCUUAUACAGGAAGCAGAGAAAAAGGAAGUUGAAGAUAAUUUGAAAGAAGACACUGAGAAAACGGAGCAGCAGCCUUACGUGAUGGUGGUUUCCAAUUCCAAUGGAUUUACCUCUCAGGUAGCUAUGAAACAAAACGAACUGCUGGAACCCAAGUCUUUUUAAUGAAAAUACCAAAGGAAUUAUGGGUGAUUAUUUUUGAAUUGAACAUUUCCAAUUGUAUGCAAGCUAUCUGAUUCUAAGACAAAUUCUAGAGACGUUUCUAAUUUUGUAGUUAAUUGUGAAGAAAUAAUAGAGUUAAUUUUGACUUCAUUAGGUGAGGGAGGAAAACCAAAGUGGUAUUCGUUAUUCUCUAAAUGUUUCAGAAUUCAGUUGUGAAGGAACAGGCAUUUUAUACUAUGAAGACAUUCUCUGAAGAUUUUUUUCCAGUUGCUAUAUCAUAACCAUUUUUAAAGUUUCUUUUUUAAUUUUACAUUGUAUUUUUUCUGAUUCUUUUGUAAAUGCAAUACUUAAAUAGAAGAGAACAGGAAAUUUAUAUAGGAACUAUUUUCAUUCCACUUGUAUAAGUCUUGACUCUUUCAAAUGCAAGGCACCUAUUUUAUGCUUUGUUCAAAUUAUGAUUUCACUAGAUUGACUUCGGUUGGUUGCACUGUAUAAAUAAACUAUGAAUAUGUAAAAUAUAACAUUGAACAUUGAAAUGUGCCCAUGAUGUGGCUGAACCUGUUUCUGAAGUAUAAAAGCAUCAGCCUCAGAGUGGCUCGUCUAACGAGUUGUGUUACCUUGGCAAGCCACUUGAUUUUUUGGGGCUCAGUUCUCCCAUAAAAGGAAGGGAUGCGUUGGAAUAGACUAGAUGGUCUUCAGUUUCCUUUCUAGUUCUGAAUUUUAGGAUUCUAACUCCUCUACUUUAGUUAUAUCAAUUAAAACAUUAUCAGCUUAUUUCCUCAUGUAAAUAUAGCUAAAAUAUUGCAGAAAAAUAAGUGGCCCUACCAAAUUCAUUUUCUUUUAUCUGUAAGACCUGCUAUGAACCUGAAUUCUCCAUACUUUGUUCAUUAAUUCUUUAGGCCCCUGUGCACUGUGGUCUCUUAGGAAACUUUUGUUUCUCGAGUGCUAAAUGAUACACUGCUAUUCUGAAAGAGUCAAGACUCUUUCGUAAGGGCCCAGAAAGCAACCAAGCUGUGGGCUAAUCUGAGUAGUCAGUUGUUAUAAAAGCAUAAUUGCUUUAUAUUUUGGAUUUUUUUUUUACUGGAAGUUGGGAUUGCAUACAAAGAUAAUAUACAUAUAUAUCCAAGUUUCUGAAAUAAAAGUUUUUAGAUUACUUUUUCAACUGUAAAUAAUGUACAUUUAAUUUCACAACAAAAAUUGUUUUCUGCAAAUUUUCUAGUAUAGCAAAGAAAUUUUGUAGAUGAAAAAAUCAUGUUUAGAGGUCUAAUGCUACAUGUUUUCAUAUUACAGAGUGAAUUUGUAUUUAAACAAAAAUUUAAAUUUUGGAAUCCUCUAAACAUUUUUUGUAUCUUUAAUUGGUUUAUUAUUAAAUAAAUCAUGUAAAAAAAUUCUCAGUGUUUGUGUUUUCAAGCAAAUAUUUCUUAACAAGUAUACAGAAAAUGUUGCUAGUAUUUACAGUGUUAUUAAAUGUUUAUGUAACAAACUCCAUUAGUCAGGUUAGAAUUGCAAAA